AUGAGUCGCAUUCUUGUGAUCUUUUUGAUCGCAACCGUUAGUCAAAAUAGUUUCACCAGCGGAGCAGUUGAGCCAGAUCAGGGAAAACCUAAAGAAGAAACAACAUUGACAAAAGUGGAGCAGCAACAAAAUAAUGAUGAGGAAUUUGAUCAAGUUCAGUUUUUAAAGAGGAGGAUUAAGAAAAACCAAAUAACAAAGUUAUACAGGCAUGCCAAAGUAAGAAAAGUCUACAAGCCGACUGUGAAGUUUGAAAAGUUCGGAGCUAAGUAUUACCAUAUUGAGAAUAAGGAAAAACUAAGCUGGUACGAAUCAGUGUACAGAUGCCGCAGCCUGGACAGUAAACUAAUUAGCUUCCAAAACCAGGAAGAGUGGAACAUCAUUAAAGCGAACCUGCGACACUACAAUCUAUAUUGGGUGGACAUAAAUGACGAGGCAACUGAGGGCGAGUUCAUAUCGGAAUCCACCGGAGAGAAAGCCCCUUUCUUCAAAUGGUCCUAUGGAGAACCGAAUAACCUAACAGACGAAAAUUGCGUCGAGAUGCGAGGACAACGUGGUCUUUUCGAUAAUGAUCCCCAUUCUAUGAACGACAUUUCGUACUGCACUCAGGUGCCAUCAGUGGACAAGGAUUCCCGACCAAUGAGCUCGCGAAAGAGUCUGGACUUGAGAGAGGGAUCGAACGUAUAUUAA